AUGGCCAAUUACUUUUUGGAUGGUCCCGAUGAGUUGGCCAAGCUAGAAUUUGUCAGUCGACAACAAUUGCUGGAGGAAGACAAAAUUAUGAAAAACAAGAUCAACAAUUAUGUUCAGUUGGUGCACGCAUUGACGGGACAAGAAGUCUUUAUGCCUGUCGAGGAUGACGCCUACAGUUUUGUGAGCGUAUCCUCUGCAGGGGAGGAGGCUGAAUUUGAUGAUGACUAUGAUGAUGAUGAUGAGAUUGAAUACAUUGAGGUCGAAGAAGAAUUAUUGUCAGUUGACGAGGAUGAUGGUGGCGGUGCUGACGACGUUCGUUUGGAUCCAGAGUCUGCAAAUGGCCUGAGGAUUGACAUACCGGAAGCACCCGCACCGCCCCCAGUGGACCAUGCUCCUCCACCCACUCCAUCUCAAAUUAUUCGGAAAUUAAAAGCAACCUUGGUAGAGGCUGGCAUGUGUCAAAUACGAAAUACCAAACGAAAAUCUGUCAAACGUUCAGGAGAUAGUAAUAAUUGGAGUUACGAUAUGGCCAAGCGACGACUGGACAGAGAAUUGAGGAGAAUUCAAAAGAGACGAGCCUAUAGGGAUGCAGUGGAAAAUUUGCCAGCGCUGACGGAAAGUAUGGUUCAAGAAGAUAAGCAGGAGCAUGAUGAUUCGUCCUUAUCAAAAUUACCCGCCGCUGCUACUAGCAGUGAUGGUGUUCCCAAAAAGGCAAUGCUUGCUGAAAAAAGAACAGAGCCAGGUGCUACAAUAGGUCGAGAUGCUUCAUCGUCUACUGGACCAUCAGUACAAGCAGCAAGACCGUCUACAUUGCAACUGCAACGACAAUUGAGUCGUCGGGGCAGUCUAUCUGGAAGUGUAUUUGCCGGCCUAUUGCAUACAUUGGACGUAAACAAGCGACCACCAUCAGCAGGAAGCACCCCAACGGCUGCAGGAACGGCGACGAAACGAGCCUAUCGAUCCGAUCAACGACUCCAAGCAAUUUUGAAAAAGCACCAUACCAAUUUAAAGGAAGAAAAGGCGAGGAUUCUUAGUGAUUCACAAUCUGAAUUACCACCAUUGGAAUAG